ACGUUACAACCGAUUGGGUGGAGAGAAACGGAACGAACUAAACAUCAUUGAGGUCAUUGGGUUGUCUUUGAAAGGUUAUCGAACGUCGUCUCCUCGAAUUUGAAAUCAAUCACACUUGUGCCCGAAGUACCCAGUGAACAUGUUGCCCCGUUUUCUGAAGCCCACGUUGACCGUCGCUCAGCAAGGAGCGAAGCGACUAUCAACCAGUGCCACACGCAAUGCCAAGGUCGCCGUCAUGGGCGCCAGCGGUGGAAUUGGGCAACCGCUAUCGCUGCUCUUGAAACAAUCGCCCCUCGUAACCGAAUUAUCAUUAUAUGACAUCGUGAACACGCCAGGUGUCGCUGCUGAUCUUUCUCACAUGGACACGGCGGCAAAAGUAAAAGCUUUCACCGGUCCUAACGAGUUGAAAGAUUCAGUUAAAGGAGCACAGGUGGUAAUAAUACCUGCCGGUGUACCACGUAAACCAGGAAUGACUAGGGAUGAUCUAUUCAAUACGAAUGCCUCUAUAGUAAGGGAUCUUGCUCAGGCUGUGGCUGAAAUGGCCCCAAAGGCACUUAUUGCCAUUAUUUCUAAUCCAGUUAACAGCACUGUGCCUAUUGCUAGCGAAGUAUUGCAAAAAGCUGGUGUCUACGAUCCUAAGAGGGUAUUUGGUGUGACCACGCUGGACGUCGUCAGGGCAAACGCGUUCAUCUCUGAAGCAAAAGGUCUUGAUCCGCAACAGACGUCGGUGCCAGUUAUCGGAGGUCACAGCGGUAUCACUAUUAUUCCACUGCUCUCACAGUGCAAACCAUCAGUCUCCUUCCCAGAAGAUAAAGUGAAAGCUCUCACUUUACGUAUCCAGGAAGCUGGUACAGAGGUUGUCAAAGCAAAGGCUGGUACCGGUUCUGCCACGCUUUCGAUGGCGUACGCGGGUGCUCGAUUCGGUAUAUCGUUGAUCAGAGCGUUGAAUGGGGAACAGAACAUCGUAGAAUGCUCCUACGUCAGAUCUGAUGUUACAGCGGCUAAAUAUUUCUCGACGCCUAUUCUGCUGGGCAAACAAGGAGUUGAGAAGAAUCUCGGUCUUGGAACGCUUAACAGCUACGAGAAGAAACUCUUGGAGGAAGCUAUUCCAGAACUCAAGAAGAAUAUUCAGAAAGGAGAAGAUUUCGUGAACAAGAAGUGAAUACUGGAUAUCGAGACACUAGAUAGAGGCGUGAUCAAUAACAAUCGAAAAGAAAUCGAAGACUCAGUAUUUGUUGUUGAAAAUGUUUGCGUUGUACGCAAACGAAGAGAUAAUUAAAAAAGGUUUAAUCCUUUAUAAAUAGAUGAACUUACAUCGUGUACAGUGUAGAUAAAAGUAAAACUGAUUUGUAAUCAACAAUGAGUAAAGAAACGUACAAAACCUGAAAGGCAGAAAGGAACAUUUUAUUAUCUAAUAAAUAAUACUCAUGUUUAAGUCUUAUUCAAAGAUAAAACAAAUAUCGAAACGUUAAAAUGUGAUGUAGCUAAGUUAAAAAUAAACGCCUUUUGAUCAGAAACAAAA